AUGGUUGACCUUAGUGACUGCGCAUUGAAGGAGCUCGUACAAUAUAAGUGCAAUAUUACGACGCAAGGAGCAAAGGAGGCGCAGCCGAAUAUCAUCUGCGAACCUGUUGUGCGGUUGUUGCGCCUGUGUGGUAAUGGAUUAAGUGUUGAAACUACAGCUUGGGAGAGAUGGAAGGCAAAAAGGGAUGGCGUCAAGGUUGACUCAUGA